AUGGGAGGAUGUCCAUCUAAAUGUGAAGUUAAAUGUGGAAAUGGUUUUAGAUAUGAAGGAAGUACAUUAGAACUCAACUUUGAAUAACAACACAAAAUUCUUAGAAAUAAAGAUAGAAAUAGAUCAGCAUCCAGUUCUCGUUAAGGUGAAUCUGCCACUCUACCUGCCACUAAUUUUAGAAGAGAAUUUGAAUAUUCUUCAGAUAAUAUUUUACAAACCUAAUCUGAUCCUAAAAAUGAAUUAUUUGCCAGCAAUAUUGAAGUAGAGUUACUUCCAUUGUUUGUAACCAAAAAAUAAAUCAAUGAAUCUACUGUUUAAUAUAGGUAGAACAGAUUUAUGGAUGAUUUAGAAAUUGAAGUCAGAGCUAGAAUCCUACAAAUGUAUAUAUCAUAAUAAAAAAAAUUAGAAAUCAACAAGAAUAAGAAGAACGAUAGAGAUUAAUUAUUUAACAAAUUGUUAAAUAAUAAUUAGAAUUUGAAAAAAUGAAAUCAUAAUUAAAAUCUAACUCUUAAACUAAUUAAUAAUAUGAAAAUCCAUACUAUUUUAAUUAAUAAUAAUAAUAAUAAUAAUAAUAAUAAUAAUAAUAAUAAUAAUAAUAAUAAUAAUAAUAAUAAUAAUAAUAAUAAUAAUAAUAAUAAUAAUAAUAAUAAUAAUAAUAAUAAUAAUCAUUAUCAUUAUCUUAAUACUCACCAAAAAAAAAUACCUCAAAAGAAUCUAAAGAUUCUUAAUUUGCAUCCCUUCAAUCUAACUCCUUAUAAUUAUCAUCUGAAAAAUAAUCAAAUAUUCAAUCCUCUAAAAAUAAAACAGAUCCUUUAAAAUAUUCAACGAACAAUCCUCAUCAAAUCAAAGCAUUUGAAAAAAUUAUAAGUAAUUGUUAUUUAGAAGAUCAAAGCUAUUAUAGUAAACAUAAAGGAAUUCUUAAAUAACGAAAUCAACUUUAACAUCCUCAUACUUCUAAAAGUCUACCUAAUAAAAGAAUGGCUAAGACCAAAUUAUUUAAGAAAAAAAGAGUUCAUUUUUCUUAAGAUACUAAUUUUAAUUUUGAAAAAAAAAGUGAAGAAAAAAAAUCAUCAAAAACAUGGUGGAAGUCUUUAUUUUGAUCCUUUUUUAAUAUUUAUUAUUUAAUCUAUUCC